UGUGUGUUAUCUAUGUUUUCUGACAGAAAAUCGAUUGUCGCUAGAAAGUAUAAUCACUACCAAAAAUGUUAGAAUUAACUUUAUAUAAAAUGUUAGUGUUUUCUGUUACAUUAGCUAGGAAAAUUUUUAAAUGAAUUGGUGCUAUGAAUUUUAAAUGACUUCUUCCAGUUUCAGACCAUUAGUGCCAGUGGUAUUACAUUCACAAUGACAAAGGACCGGCUUGCUGCCUUGAAAGCGGCUCAAGGGGAUGAUGAUGUGGCUGUUUCUGUGGAAGACAGCACGUGUGAGAAACACAUGGAAGAGUUCUUCCAAGAGGUUGAAGAAAUUAGAGAAAAUAUAGAAAAAAUUCAAACCAAUGUGGAGGAAGUGAAGAAGAAACACAGUGCUAUUCUUUCAGCACCUCAGACAGAAGAAAAGGUGAAGCAGGAGCUGGAAGACCUAAUGGCUGAUAUUAAAAAGUCGGCAAACAAAGUGAGAACCAAGUUAAAAGUUAUGGAGCAGAAUCUAGAACAGUUAGAACAAACCAGGAUGAUGUCAGCUGACUUCCGCAUUAGAAAGACGCAGCAUUCAAUGUUGUCACAGAAAUUUGUAGAAGUGAUGACAGAUUACAACAAAACUCAGACUGACUACAGAGAAAGAUGUAAAGCUCGAAUUCAACGACAGUUAGAGAUCACGGGUAAAGUGACAACAAAUGAUGAGCUGGAAGACAUGUUGGAGAGUGGCAAUCCUGCCAUUUUUACACAAGGGAUUAUCAUGGAAACACAACAAGCCAAACAAACACUGGCAGAUAUUGAGGCUCGUCACAAUGAUAUAAUCAAGUUAGAGAGCAGCAUUCGAGAGCUUCACGAUAUGUUCAUGGACAUGGCGAUGCUGGUUGAGAGCCAGGGAGAAAUGAUUGAUAGAAUUGAAUAUCAAGUGGAACAUGCAAAGGACUACAUAGAAGCUGCUAAACAGGACACAAAGAAGGCACUAGUGUACCAGAGCAAAGCAAGAAGGAAAAAAAUCAUUAUCAUAAUCCUGGUACUAGUGGCGAUUGGAGUUUUAACUUUAAUUAUUCUUGGCUCCAUUGGAGUUAUCUGAUACUAGUUCACGAUGGAUUGGAGGAGACUGCAACUUUAAACGACCUCUGACCAAACAACUACUUUAUUACGUGGGCACAGCUUGUGUCUGGGAUUUUCAGUAUGCCUUCCAUAUAAGAACUUCCAUUCAAAGUGUUUGAUUCAAAGCUAUUAAAAAGGUUUGGUUGAUCCUGAGAGUAAGUGCUAAAUAUAAAGCAAUAGAAUGGUACUGCUACUGGCGGUGUUUACUCUGUGUGUGUGUGUGUGUAUGUACGUUCAUAGAUCGUAAAUUACUUUGUUUUUUACCAUCUUUACCCAUAAUAAGAAGAAAAGUAUGCUGAAUAUAUUUGUUGUGAAGAACAAUUGGGUAAUUUUUUUAUUAUUUUUAAUAAAUUUGGAAAAAAAACAUCUCCUUUCAUUUCCAAAAUGAUGAGACUGCUUCAACUGUGUAUUAAGUUUCAAUGACAAAAACGUUUAUUUAUAAGUGAUUGUACAUCACCUUAAUACAAACUGGAAUGUUACGGUUGUUGACAAGUGAAAAUGUGAUUAAUUAAAAUAUAAAAGGAGGGAUAACAGUUCGGACAGUCGCUACCGUCUCCACGAAUAUACAUCGGCUGAAGCGACUGUUGGUCUUACAGAGAUGAUUUAUCUGGCACCAAGUUCUAAAGCCUUAACUGUGAGAAUAUUGUCGACUAAUUGCGAUCGGCUUCGGUAAUAAUGCUAACGUCUGAAAACUGUAACCAUGUCGUCAGUGAUGCACUCUGUAAAGAACAACUGGAAAUAUUUAUUUUUCGAUCACAUUGUAUUUUUUUUAACAAACUGAUAAAUGAUCAGAAUUAUCUAAUAUCUUUUGUAAAUUUAAAACUGAUGACAAUGAAAAUAACUAGAGUUAAUGAAAAGAUUUCAACAUCUAUAUUGCUUUUUUUUUUAAAGUAAAACCUGGAAGGUCGUUGUUCAGUCCUCAGUAUUCACAAAGAAGUACUUCUGUUCGCAGAGUAAAUAAUUUGAAAAGCUAGUUACUCUCAAAAGAGAAAAAUGGCAAAAAAAAGGCCUUUAGUCUCCAUAUAACGAUAAUAAAAAUUUAUUUUGGCCAAUGUUCUUGUUUGUAACUUCCUCAAAGUGACUUCUUGUACUACAAACUCUGAUGAAGUUUCAAAGGUGAAACGUUGGCUGAAGUAAAAAGUUUAUUUAUUAGCAUCUGAAGAAUAAAGAUUUUUUUUAAUAUAACCCAUAUGUCUAAAUCCUUCCAGUAUGCACUACAAAUUCUGCAAAAAGACAAAAUAUUUCAAGGAAUUAAUACGCUCCACUAGCCUCAACUACCAAUGUGAUCCAUUCAUGUUUAAUGAUGAGCUGGUGAGCUCAUUACAAAUGAAUAGAGAAUUCAUACAACAAAAAAUACCAUGGUGUACAAAAAACAUAUAUUAAUUAGAAUACUGUGUGGUUAUGCUUCUGAAAGUGGACAGAUGGAGUUUCCGAAAGGUUAUUUUGUUGAGGCUGUUCUCCUAAUACAGAAAAUAUUUCAAUACUUUUCAAUGUCUUACCUUGGAAUAUUUCCAGAUCUGUGUCUUAUAAGAACAGGGUUCCUACACACCUUCAAAACCCUUGUAUUUUGAUAGGUCUAACUCGGGGUCUUGAAAAUCAAAGGAAUUAUGAUAGUUGCAUCUACUUAAGGUCUAUAAAAAUUUAAACCAUCUUACAAUUCACCUUUUAGAAAUAUGGUUUGUUAAAAUUCUGGUCUAAAAGACGAUUUAUAAAACGAAAUGUUUUGUCUUUGUACGUUAAUUUGAAAUGCACACUCUUCCUUAAAUUUCAGUUUUAUAUUUUCUUGCCAUUUCCAUUUUUUCCACUAAAAACUAGCUUAUCAUUGAAUAAAUUGAGUAUAGUACGUAUUGUUACCUGUUUAACCUGCAUCAUUAGAUAUGUUAACUACAGUGAGUGAACUCAUUAUAACAAUUUUGGGAUAAAAAGAAUUGUGAAAGAAAUAGUAAAUUUAUCGUUACUCUACUUGUGGCUCCACUUCAGAUUUUAUAUUUAGUGGAG